AGGGAGGGCUGUGCUGUCGAGAGGGGAAUCCCCUUCAGUGGAGCUGCCUCCUCCCUCCUCCUCCUCCUCCUGCUGCUGCUGCUUGGGACCUUGAGCCCUGUCCUGCGCCGUGAAAGGAAGCAAGGAUGUUGUGGCGCCUCUUGGGGAGCCUGGGCAGAGGAGUGAGGUCUUUCGGAGGAGGAGGAGGAGGAGGCAUCCCCCGCCCUCGCCCCGUGGCCCCACUCCAGCCUCCAGAGGGGGACUCCACCGCCCAAAGCAGGCAUCAACGGCACAAAGCUGGUGGAUAUGGGAACCUCUCGCAUCUAUACAGUCCCUGGGAUGCCUUCACCUGGAGUACCUUGGCUGUUCUUACCCUGGAGUUAGUCAAGCAGGUCCGGUGGCUGAGUUCUGUGCAACCAAGUAGAGGAGAUGCUGGGGUUCAUCAACUUGCUGUUUUGUCUCAACAUCAGCAAUCAGUACCAACUUCUUGCUCCACUGCCAAAGAGGAACAAAAAAUUUUCAUAGGUGUGGACUCUGAAUGUGAACUGAAGAAUCCAUCUUCCAGUAAAAGAUCACAGUCAAAAGAAUAUCAACUUCUUUCAGACACAGGGAAUUACCCAUUUAACACAGACCUUGAACCAGAUUCAUGCCAAUUGCGUUUACAGGGCAAUGUGGCAGAGGAGGCGCCUGUAAAUGAAGCUGCUUCUCAAAUGGAACAGGUUAUUCAGACCAGCAUUUCCGUGGCAUUCAACAUUCUCGGGCUUCAGUACAUGCAAGAUGGACAGCACAAAAUGGCCUUUUCAUAUUUCAAGCUGGCAGCAGACCAGAACUACAGUAAAGCCCAGUUCAACGUGGCAAUCUGCUAUGAACAUGGAAGAGGCACCAAGAAGGACAUUGCCAAGGCAAUUCUCUACUACAAGCGAGCCGCUCAGCAAGGGCAUACCAUGGCCCAGUAUCACUAUGCCAAGUGGCUUCUCCGGUGCUGGCCCCAGCGACACAGCAAUGAAAAUGUAAAAGAACCAGCUAGUUUACUGGACAAGACAGCCAAACCAGGGCUCACCCAGAAUUCCUCGAGAAAAUGUCCUUUGGGUACUUGCUAUGAGAACGGCCUUCGAAUCCAUAGAAGACAUUACCAGCAAGUAGAUACUGCAAGUUACAAGACUGUACAGAAGAGAAUGAAAGUAAUGACAGAGGAGGAGAUGGCAGGUACUGGAUUGAGGGACCUGCUAUUGUUGAACAAAGUUGGGGAAGAUAUGCACAGUUGGUAUCUAUUACCACAGGCAGUGCGAACUUUUUCAUCCAGUCCGUGUCUUCAGAGCUUGGAUCAGCCAGUUUUUAACAUACUACGGUCCUGGAGCACAGGAAGCCUGAGUGAUAUAGCAAGUGGCUCUGUAAACUGUAAGCAUAGUCCAGUUUUCUCUGAUGGCCUCACCCUCAAACUACAAUCCUUAGCUUGGUCCCCUGGAACAGUAAUAAGCUAACAUGGCCCAUGAACAAACAUUCUCUUCUGACCUCUAGAAGAGGGUACCUGUACAUGGCUGGCGCCAUCAACAUUUUUAGAAAAAAAACAUAUGGACAUUUGAUGCAUGUGUUUUCCUUUUAUGCUAAAUAUAUACUUUGUUUCUUGAUGAUUCUUUUAAAAAUUGUGAACAGGGAGCCGUAUCAAUUAAUAUCACUGCCAAAUAAAGAAGCUCUGGUGUUCUGUCUCA